CUGAUAGCUUUUGACUUCGUUGUUUGACAACUAUUGUUUCGGUUUACAUACAUGCCGUAAAAAUGUCAAGAGACAGGGAUCUGGAGCUUGCUCUAAAAUUGCAGGCACAAUUCGACGAGGAAGCAGUGCAAGAAAUUACUGAAAACGAUUCAUCCACAUUCACCACAUUCACCACAUCAACCGAAAAUGCCCCAAAAUUUACGCCAUUGGGCAGUGGCUCAUCACGAGCGAAUUCCCGUCGUAAUGAACCGAUGUCCAUUGUGGAUGAACAAUGGGAACUCCUGGACCCCAACCCCGACAUGAGAGCCAUGUUUCUAGAGUUCAAUGACAAGUUCUGGGGGAGAUUGGCGGGGGUUGAGGUUAGAUGGAGUCCCAGAAUGACAUUGUGUGCAGGGUUAUGCUGUUAUGAGGGGCAUGGGGGUCUGUGUUCCAUCCGCCUCAGCUCACCAUUACUGAAGCUGAGACCAAGAAAAGACUUGGUGGAAACGUUACUGCAUGAGAUGAUCCACGCCUAUUUGUUUGUGACAGCAAAUAACAAGGAUCACGAUGGACAUGGGCCGGAGUUCUGCAAGCACAUGAACAGAUUGAACCAAUCUACCGGUACAAACAUUACUAUCUACCACAACUUUCACGAUGAAGUGGACGUGUACCGUCAACACUGGUGGCGCUGCGCCGGGCCCUGCCAGAAACGACCCCCCUACUACGGAAUGGUGCGGAGGGCCAUGAACAGACCGCCCUCCAAAAGGGACCCCUGGUGGGCGGAGCAUCAGCGCACAUGUGGGGGGUCCUAUACAAAAGUGAAGGAACCCGAGGGAUACGGGGCCAAGAAAGGAACCAAGAGGAAGAAAGAAGAUGCUGAUAUGGAGGGGAUUGAAAAUGAAACAAAGAAGAGGGCAACAGACACUGGCACAACCUCAUCAUUUCCUGGUAAAGGUUUUACCAUUGGGGGAGCCAGCGCCACAUCAAGACUGGUUCCCCCAAAGACGGCCACCCUGGAUAAGUUCCUGAAGAAGGUGGAAGGUGGCAAGAAGUUCCCAGGGCCGCCGCCUCCUCCCUCACCCCCUUCCUCAUCAAAAAGCCAAGAUGAUGAUGAUGAGGAAGAUGGUGGUAGCCAAGGCAACCGGUCAAAAAAUGCAAGACUGAGAGCCCUAGCAGCGAUAUUCGACAGCGAUGAUUCGGAUGAUGAGGACAUCGUGAUCGUGAAGCUUGACACAUCGCUCAAAAAGGAUCCCAAGAAGGAACCCAAUGGAUUCUGCAAGGAUUCCGACAGCAAACCAGGAACAUCCAAGUCAAAUUCUCAUCUCACGAAAACUUCUGUUCCUCCAACGCCAAGGAACUUGCCACCCACAGGGCUUUCGUCCAACUCUAAACCAACACAGGGUAACAAAUCAGGUGUUGUGUCCAAAACCAUAGACAACAUUGCUUCCACCUCAAAGGGAAACACAGAGGAUCACGGGAAGAAACAGGACUCCAUUAUAGAUGCCUUCAAUAGGGUAAGACAACGAUCUGGGGAUAUUGGAACCAAGAACGUAACCAGAGUCAACGCAAAUAAUCCACAACAUAACGAUGGAUCCCCUUUGAGAAAUUUGUCCUCAGCCACAGAUGCUACCGUUAGUAAUGUACGCGAAAAUGGAAGACCCCCAGACACUGAGAUGGUGGCCUGCCCCGUUUGCCAGCGUAAAGUGGAACAGUCCAGAAUCAACCAACACCUCGACCAGUGCUUAUCGUGACAAGACUCAACGGGCGUCACCAUUUGUUGAAAGAGGCAGGGGUGUGCAUUGAACAGUCUUUGGAUCAGUGUAUCUCAUGAUUAGUUUCUCCAGUUUGAUAACUGAAAGGGGCCAUAUCAUAAAUCCGACGCCUCAUAGGUCCGACGCCUCAUAAGUCCG